GUUGCGGUGUGGUGGAAACAGAGUUUUAAAGGAAGAAAAUGGUUUGUGUUUCACAUAUUCUUUGGGUGUUUGGGACAGAUUGUACCAUCAACACUGAAACGACAACCAAGAGCAGAAGCAGUUCGGCCUCGACCAACUUUACCAAGAUCAGAAGGCUCAAGGCCAGCAGAAGACAGGGCUGCCUACAGGCGUGCUCCUGGCACUGGAUCAGCUGGCCCCGAUAAGAAGGCUGAUGUUGGAGCAGGCACUGGUGAUGUGGAAUUCCGUGGUGGAUUUGGACGUGGAAGAGGAGUCCCACAGUAGAUCAGAUUCCCUGUAAAAUGUAUACUUUUAUAAAUUAAACACAAACAUAUUGACUGGAGAAAU